GCUACUGAACGAUUUCUUGAAAAGAAGCACACAUUCUUUGAUUGACAAUUGAGCAAGCAUGGCGUUCCUAUCCCGUCUAAUCACCUUCUUUGGCCUCAUCCUGCUGGCACAUGCAGGCUACUCAGCCCACGAACACACAGUCCUAUCCAGCAACACCCGCCUCUCGAUCUCCUCAACCGCCCUCCCGCAAGACAUCAUCGUCGAAACCCUCGUGUCGCUCGUGGUCGUCUCCCUCGGCCUCGUCCUUGGCGCGGAGAAAUUGAAGCCGAUUAGCUGGAGUCAGUGGGCGGGGGAGAUUGAAAAGGAAGGGGGUGCGAGGAAUCCGUAUUCAAGGUUGGAGGAGAGGUAUAGCUUUUGGGAUGUUAGAGCGAAGAGAAAGGAGUUUAGUGAGUGGAUUCGGGGUCAGGACGCGAUGGCUGCGCAGUGAUUGAAAUGGUUUGGUUUGAUUAGGAUUGGAAUUGGUGGGAUGGAUA